AUGAAGUUCACGUCAUCACUGCUUUUGGCGGCUAAUAUCUGGACCACGUUGAUCGCUGGUGAUACGACAUCCACUGCGGCAGUCCGCACGCCGGUGAAUAAUUCACCAGUGACGGAUGUUACUUCACCCGACAUCACCUGCAAUGUAAACCCGACACCGGCGACUGAAACUGUCGAUGUCCCAGCCGGAUCAACAAUCGGCUUCGAGCUCGACAACACGGUAUACCAUCAGAUAAUUUUCUAUUACGGUCCAGCAGCAAUUUACCUCGGUCAAGCACCGGGUGCCGCUGCCGACUGGGAUGGAUCCGGAGAGAGCUGGUUCAAGAUUGCAGAAUGGGGAGCUACCUUUAAUCCCUUCACAUUCACCGACUACGGCGCCAGUCAGCUGACUGCGACCAUCCCAAGCGAUGUAGCUCCUGGCCAAUACCUGGUCCGCAUUGAGCAGAUCGGUUUACAUGUUGUAGAUGCACCUCAAUGGUACAUCUCCUGUGCCCAGAUUAACAUCACUGGAGGAGGUUCUGCAAAUCCGAGCAAAGUUUCCAUCCCGGGAUACGUGUCUCCUGAUGAUCCAGGUCUUACGGUCGAUAUCUAUGACCCUGUCCCAACCGCCUACACUGUCCCUGGACCCCCCGUCUUCUCUGGAUGA